UUUUGGGUAAGAAGGGAGAGAAAAUUUUCUGGUAAAACCAGUUUUAAGAAUCCUUUUUCUUAGCCGUGCGUUGGUUCUACCAAAGCAAUCAACAACGCCUCCAAAAAAUCGGAGAAUCUUGAGAGUCUGUGAGGCAGUGGUUCGAUGGAUUUUCAAGUGGUGGUUUUAGCAGAAGGGACCUCUAAAAACCUCGUUCCUCUCGUCUCCAACGUCCCACCACCAAUUUCACACACUUUUAAUUUUUCACUGAAAAUUUUCUCUUUCUCUCCAAUUUUCCUUGCUUCCAAACACUCCCCAACUCCAACUCUACAUCUUUUUCUUCUUCUCUGAUUUCUUACUCUCUUUUUUGAUUCCAGGAGGUUCCCAAGGCGCUUCUUCCUGUGGCCAACCGCCCGGUUCUCUCCUACGUUUUGGAGCUUUUGGAACUGGAUCUCAUUGUUGUGGUCGAAAGGGAAAGAUGCGGCUCUUCGUGUUGGUGGUUGGAUUUCGGGAGCUUAUUUGGACCGUUUAUAUGUUGAGGGUAUUCAAACGAAGCAGAGAGAGAGAGGGGUAGAUGGUCCAAAAUUCGAAUUUUCAGCCAAAAAAAAUAAAAAACAAAAAGGUCCAGAAUUGUAAACAGUAAGUCCCAAUUAGAAGAUGGAGUCGAGGGAAAACCAAUUUGCGUUCUGUAAUCAGUAUUUUGGUAGAGAAUGGAACACAGAGAUGGUCAAUCUUCCCAAGGUGCUUUUGAAAGGAGGAGGUAUAUGAAUUUGGUGGUUCAGAGGGCUCGUCAUCCUGAGCUCAGAGCUUACAUUCAUUCAGCUGUUUCUGGACUUCUUCCUUUUAUCCAAAAGGGUCUGGUAGAGCGAGUAGCAGUUAUCUUCUUCAACACUGACAACACACCUGUUGAAAGAUUCAUGUUCAAACUUGUAGUCAACCAGUCUUAUGGCUCAAAGGUUGAAGCAGCCGACUUAGAGUUCUCUCUUAGGUCGUUUUUGGUCAAGCUUUCGGUCUCAGAACCCCUCACAAGAGCUUUAUCUCAUGAUUGCAGGUGGAAGAUAACAGCUUAUUUCCGAUCCGUUCCGGAGGCAGGCAUUAGUAAGGAUGCAGGGUUAUGGAUCCCAACAGACACAAACCAGUGGCAGCAACCUCCAUUAAUCACCCCGAUCAAGUCCAUGAGCAGUGAGCUUCUGAGCGUGCAGUUAUACUUGGAACAUGCGAUUUCUGAUGAACCAAAGACUUAACAUUGGAAGUACAGUCAUUGAAAUCAAGCAGCUCCUUAAUGUAAGAUAAGGGCUUCAAAUACGAGUCUCUGAUGAGAGCUCCUGAACAACUCGUUUCAUUGUCGGACGAGAUUUUGGAGAGCUGUGCAAGCAUGCUAUUGCUACCUUAACUAGACAGAGAACUUUCCUAGCCUCUUCAUGUGUUGGAGGAGAUAAGCGCUGGUCCAAAACAUUCAUUUCAGCUAUUUGAUGAUAAGCAAGUGUUGCAGAUGAUGGGAACAAUGAAGGCAACAAAGAUGAGAUGAGAUCUCCUGGAUGCUUCCCCAUGAGUAUCUCCAAUGUCACCACUCCAAAGCUAUACACAUCGCACUUCUCAUUCACUUCCAUUGUAUAAGCAAGUUCUGUUAAAUUGGAUCAACAUCAUUGAAUUAGUAACAUUAUUUAAAAGGGAACUAAUAAUUAUAAUAAGAUCAAUUUAUUGUUUACCUGGA